AUGGCAGUAUUGGGAUUUAUCGAGUUGCCCUUACUUGAACACUAUGGACCUCAAAUCACCCGGGCAGUGAUUCAUUACACAACACAAAAAUAUCCGUAUGGCUUUGAUGAAAGCAUACAUGGUGACACUGGUCCAGGAAUAAGAGCAUGGAUCAAACAAGUUCUGAAUCAGGAUUUAGCUUUCCAGCAUAUAAAAGUAAUUUAUCCAACAGCUCCUGCCAGACCGUAUACACCCAUGAGAGGGGCCCUCUCCACUGUGUGGUUUGACAGAUGGAAGAUCUCUAAUGAGGGUCCAGAACACAUUGAAACCAUUGAUUCAAUGUGUCAUGUACUUACAGACUUGAUUGAUGAUGAGGUUAAAUACGGCAUUAGCAAGAAUAGGAUAAUCUUAGGAGGUUUUUCAAUGGGAGGUGGCAUGGCAAUGCAUUUAGCAUACAGGUAUCAUCAAGAAGUGGCUGGAGUAUUUGCUCUUUCUAGCUUUCUCAAUAAGACAUCUGCUGUUUACCAGGCUUUACAGAAAAAUGAAAAUGUCCUUCCUGAAUUAUUUCAGUGUCAUGGAACAGCUGAUGAGUUAGUUCUGCACUCCUGGGGUGAAGAGACCAACAAGAUGUUAAAAUCAUUGGGCGUAGCAACAUCUUUUCAUAGUUUUUCAAAUCUUAAUCAUGAGUUACACAAAACUGAACUUGAAAAAUUGAGGUCCUGGAUUGUAAAGAUGUUGCCAGAGGAGAUAGCAGUGUCAAAUGGAUAAAUGAAAUGACUGUUUAUUUACAGCAAGGACUUGUCUACAUUAACAGUUAAUGCACAGCAGACUAGUAUGCAGUAAAUAUACAACCCAGCUUGCCAUGCACCAAAUGUCCAUGUGGAUCCUGCUGCCUCACUAGUUCCCCAGGGCACUUUGGUCUACCCUGCUUUGAAACAGCAUAGAUC